CCUUGUCUAUGACUAUCACAUUUCAUUUUGUUUGUUUGUUUUUGUUUGUGUGAAAUCAGAAACUUGAAGUCAGAGGAGGUCCCACGCUGGGCUGCAGGCUUUCAAAGGUGACCCUGGUGGAGGAAAAUCAGACCAUUCACAUCCUGUAUUUAUCACAGGCUCAUCAUACCUGAGGAAAAAUGCCAGUUGCCCUUGGUGGGCCUCAAGGCUACACACCCCCUGAGGGUGGCUGGGGUUGGAUGGUGGUAGUAGGGGCCUUCAUCUCUAUUGGCUUCUCCUAUGCGAGUGCCAAGUCGAUCACUGUCUUCUUCAAGGAAAUCGAGGUGAUCUUCAAUGCAAGCAGCAGUCAAGUGUCCUGGAUCUCCUCCAUCAUGUUGGCGGUCACAUACGGCGGAGGUCCCAUCAGCAGCAUCCUGGUAAACAAAUAUGGGAGUCGUCCUGUCAUGAUGACAGGAGGUCUGAUAUCUGGGAUAGGUUUUGUUUCUGCCUCUUUUUGCAACUCUGUGGAAGCGCUCUACUUUUGUGUUGGCGUGCUAGGAGGUUUGGGAUUGUCCUUUAACCUUAAUCCAGCCCUUACUAUGAUUGGAAAGUAUUUCUUCAAGAAGCGACCUAUAGCUAAUGGGAUUGCCAUGGCUGGUAGCCCCGUCUUUCUCUCCACCCUGGCUCCUCUUAACACCUGGCUCUAUGACCAGUUUGGUUGGAGAGGAAGUUUUCUGAUCCUGGGAGGCCUGCUCCUCAAUUGCUGUGUGGCCGGUUCCCUCAUGCGGCCGAUAGGACCCAAACCCAAACCUGCAGAAGCGAGCACAGAGAGGAAGACUGUGGUGCAGACCAUCAACAGCUUCAUCGACCUCUCUUUGUUUAAGCACCGUGGAUUUUUGCUCUACAUUAUGGGAAAUGUUGUCAUGCUGUUCGGUCUUUUUGCGCCACUGGUGUUCCUUUCCAACUAUGCAAAGAGCAAGGACAUUCCUAAGGAGAAGGCAGCUUUUUUGCUCUCCGUGCUGGCCUUUGUUGACAUGGUUGCUCGGCCAUCGAUGGGCAUCGUAGCCAACACCAAAUGGAUCCGGCCCAGAAUACAGUACUACUUUGCUGCUUCUGUGUUGUACAAUGGCGUCUGUCAUGUUCUAGCUCCGAUAUCGGUUGACUACAAAGGCUUCGUCAUUUAUGCCUGCUUCUUUGGCUUUGCUUUUGGUUGGCUGAGUGCAGUGCUGUUUGAGACGYUGAUGGAUCUAGUGGGAGCUCAGCGCUUUUCAAGUGCUGUUGGGCUGGUCACUAUCAUGGAGUGUGCGCCUGUGUUGCUAGGACCCCCGUUGCUCGGAAAGUUCAAAGACGUCUACCAUGAUUACAAGUACACAUACCAGGGCUGUGGGAUUGUCCUCAUCAUCUCCAGUGUGUUCCUAUUUGUGGGGAUGGGAAUCAACUAUCGACUGCUGAACAAGGAGAAAAAGGAGGAGGAGAGGAGGACCAGGAUGGGAGUCAGAGAACCAAAGCCCAGUUCUGGCGGGGUUGAGGUUAAGAAUACAGAAGACACAGUUUAGUGUUUCACGCCUUGUCAGCUUGUAUUUUUGAACAGAUAAAAUCUUUUCAGUGAGGUCUGUGGAAYACUUAACAUCAGCAAGCUUUUUUUAUUUCACGUUGUGCUCUUUCAGAUGACUGUCAGUGAAGCUAUUUACUUAUUUGCAACUGUUUGUUAAACAUUUACAGAUUUAUUAAAACCCUUUAAGUUCUAUUAAAAAAUUAUCAACAUAAAAUACCUCUAUUAGUGAGACCAGUAAAUAACAUUCACAUUUGCUUGUACUUUUUCAAAGUAUGGCAUUCCAUAUAGYCAAUGAUGUGUAUUGCUUCUGAAUUUACUAUAGUCCAUUAAUAUAUUCUGUAUUUUAACAUUUUAAUACCUAUCAGUAAUUGUUGUAUGGGUUUUAUGUUUUGAAAGAAAUACUCUUCCUSUUGUAGUGUUCACUUGUUUGUAUCUCACUUUCCUUUGUCACUAAAACCUCACAGCACAAGCUUUUUGUUUGUCACUCAGACUGUUUAUCUUAAUGAUACCGAAGACAAGUUUUAAUUUUACCAGUAUAUUUUUAUAUAGCCUACUUAUAAUCAGUCAGUUAUGAAUAUGCUGUGGUUUGUAAAACCGUAAUGCACAGCUUUGUGUGUUAACAUGAACUUAUAACAUGUAUUGUGUAUAUACGAAAGCUUAAAAAAUAAAAUUGAAGUUAACUUACAUAUGAA